AUGACGCCAGCCUACGACAACAAAAACAGCACGCACAGAGAGAGGGUGAAAAAAAGGAGGGAGCUGUACUCUGCUCUGCUGCAAGAGAGAGUGGUGGAGAGAGAAAGAGAGGGAGGGAGAGUAAGUGGAAACAGUGCUCUGGUGUUGGCGGGGUUUGGAAUGUCCCACCCAGGCCCAGAGCAGAGCCUGCCCUACAGUCUGGAAGAAGGAGGGAGGAAAGGAGGGCUGCCACCGGCCGGAGCUCAGGGCUGUAAUUCAUCUGCCUGUCUCUGGUCCAGUCAUACUGACGGCAGUCCCUGUCUGCCUCUCUCCCUGUGUGUGUGUUUGUCUGUCUGCCUGUCUGUCUGCCAAAAACCCUGGCUGUGCGUACAUAUAGACAGCACUACAGCCACUGUGUCACAGCGCCAGACAGACAGUCAGGGGAAUUAGACAUAGUCUGCAUAUAUGCAACACGGGGAAACAACCACAGCCCCAUGGGAGAGAGAACUGAGAGAUAGGGAGAGAAAGAGGGCUGAGAGAGAGAGAGGGAGGCCCUCUUUCUCACACACCUCUCUCACACCCACACACACGCUCUGCUGGAGGUCCAUAGGCUUGCUCUUGUGUUAGCAGAUGUGUUCUCCUAAUGCGUGAGAGAAAUGUGAAUGUGUUUAAACCUGGUUGUGAGUAGUAUGAUUGCCAUGUAAAGGGCAUGUGUGUGUUAGGAACUCCGUGUGUGCGCUGCGAGGCUCAGCCAAGUCUCUCUGUGUGUAGUGCCAUUUCUCUUCAUUUCGUGUGAGCCCGCUGGUUGUCAGAACAAGCUGUGAACACACUCCUCUCAGGACUAGGCUGUGUGUGUGCCCCACAAACGGAGGCAGGCUUUCAAACUCCCUGUUAGUCAGUUAGCCUUAGUGUCACUGCACUGCCUUAGCUAUGUUUUUGCUUGUGGUAGCAACUUGCAACAGUCUGUUAAGGGUGUUAGCUAGCACAAUUUUAGCUGUUAAUCAUUACUGUAGACUGUCUCUAUAUUGUGUUGCUAACCUUAGCUGCUCUGUCUUACUGUUACAGAGUGUUUGUGGUUAUUAUGGUUUAACAACUGUAGCUUGUUACGGUCAACUGAUGCUUAGUAGUUGGUUGGUUUUAGCUGUAACCUUGUCAUGGCUGUAUUAUGGUUAACUGUAGCUUAGUAGCAAUGUUGUAAUAGUCUGUUAUGGUUAACUAUAGCUUAGUAGUUGUGUUAUAACAGUGUGUGUUGGACGGUUUUAGGCAUACUUUGUCAUGGCUAUGUACUAGAGGCUUGGCCCCUCUCCCUGUCUCUCGGUGUUCCAGCCCUCAGAUCAUUAAUGCUCUUAUCUAACACUGUUACUUUGGAAUGGAAUGCAUUCUAAUGCUGUCAUUAUAGUGGCCGUCUGUCCACCAGCCCUCCCGCCCGACAGGCAGCAAGCCACGUUAAAAUAGGCCCUCAGCUGCCACCGUCAUCGUCACGACAAUGCACUGAAAGACGGCCAGACAGCGGGAGGGAUGGAAGGGAAGUGUCUGACCCUGCAGGGUGACAUAGUUUAGACUGAUACAUAGAGAGCCCUGGGACUGAUAGUUAGCUGGACAGCCACAUACUUUCCCUGUGGGUUUUCCCUGGGUUGUACUGUAGUCAGUGACAGCAGGCACAGAGAUAGAUAAUAGUGUUGUAAUUACAUUUACAUUUACAUUUACGUCAUUUAGCAGACGCUCUUAUCCAGAGCGACUUACAUGAGCAAUUAGGGUUAAGUGCCUUGCUCAAGGGCACAUCGGCAGAUUUUUCACCUAGUCGGCUCAGUAAUUGUAUUUCUAUGGUGGCAGGACUGUGAAGUGUGGGUUCACUUUUGUGUUCACUUGUAAAGUGUGUGUGUGUGUGUGUGUGUGUGUUUGACUAGGAAACAGAACCGCAGGAGUAGGGGCUCUUUUAUUUAUCUCUCUCUACCUCUCUUUCUCUCUAGUCCCUCCCUCCCUCUGUCUCUGUAGUGUGUGUAGUCGUGUGAUGAAUACCUCGGUGGUUUCAGGCUGUGAUGACAGGCUCAGACAAGCAGCCGUGUAAUGACCUCCGACGCCAGCCAGCCCAGUCUCUCGCUCUCUCUCUGUCUCUCUCUCUUUCAGGUAUAAAAAACAGAGGAAAGGGGGUGUGUGUGGGGGGGUAGUGUGGGAGAGAGAGCGAGGGAAAGAGUAGAGAGCACAGCCCACAGGUGAGCUCUAAGAGCUUUGCCUCGAGUCACUCACAUCCAAGGAACAAUGAGAAUAUUAACGUUGAGGCCUUUAAGAUGGCACACACACGAACAAGCACACACACACACACAGACAAGCACAUAGGAGCGGCCUCCUCACCCUUUAUGCCUCCUUUCUCAGUCUUUUCUCUUCAGUCGGUUUGAGAAAAUGUAAAUACAAACGUUGUCCCUAAUAGCUGGGGAGCUAGCUGGGUGGAUUUACAAUAAUUCCCCUCAGCCUUACAUUGGCUGACUUCAAAGAGAACGGCCCACGAACAGCCAAUCAUUUUAUGGAAGAAAUGUUUUCCCCUCCCUAGUGUUGUCCUUUCCUUGUUUUCACUAGUUCUUCAUGAGGUCAGGGGCUGCGUCCGAAAAGGCACCCUAUUCCCUAUACCAGGUCUCUCCAACCCUGUUCCUGGAGAGCUACCGUCCUGGAGGUUUUCACUCCAACCCUAAUCUAGCGCACCUGAUUUGAAUAAUUAGCUGGUUGAUAAGCUGAAUCAGGUUAGUUACCACUAGGAUUGGAUUGAACACCUACAGGACGGUAGCUCUUCAGGAACAGGGUUGGACCGCCCUGCCCUAUAUAGUGCACUACCUUUGACCAGGACCAAAUGGACCCUAGUAAAAAGUAGUAAAUAGGGUGCCAUUUCAGUCGCAGCCUGGAUGCUGAGUUAAUAACAUGCCUGUAGUGUAGCAGAGCAGCCUGAGGAGGCCAGACCAGACUGUGGCUGCAUCCAAAAUGGCACCCUUUUCCCUAUAUAGUGCACUACUUUUGACCAGGGCUCUGGUCAAAAGGGAUGCUGACUAAGAUACUUCCCCAUUAACAUAACUGGACAGUUCUCUCUGCUCUGCUUCGGCUCUGGUUCCUCUGACGGGGUUGCUGGCCAAAUUACUGGGUACACUCGGCCGGCCCAGAAAGAUGAAAGGAUUGGAGAGAGGGGGGAUGGAUUGGGGUGGAGCAAAAUGUCUGUGAGGAGGCUCUGUUCCAGGUUUUUUCUUUUUCCUAGUUAACUUUUAACCAUUGAAUGUCUGACUUUCUCAGAGGAUAGGCUACAACACUGAAUAAUUGCUGAGUGUGUCUUUGUGUGUGUCUGUGUAAAUAGUUUACUGUCGGUCCUCUGCAGUUUAUACUUUAUAGUUUUGUUUGUAAUUAGGCCAUGGCGGUAUAAGGAUUGAGAGGAAGUUGAGAUGCAAAAGUAAAGUUGUGAAAAAAGCCCACUUUUUCCUUUGCUCUUUCUCUCUCUCUCUUUCUCUCCUCUCCCUCUCUGCCUGGCUGACUCCCCCUCCCCUGCCUAGGAAUCGGGUUUCUGUGGGAUAGAGAUAUGGAGGCAGGGAUAGGGAGAGAGACGGGAGGCACGCUAAGGGGGUCGGAGGGAAACCAGAGCUGAACGCUACACUCUUUACGCUCGGGGGAAACUCUAGACCUUCUGAGCGGCGUAGCUUUUCAACCAGUCACAUAGCUGCCGUUGUUGUCCAUUUACAGCUUUUUAUGUGCCUUUCUUCAGAAGACCACUUAGUUUUCCACUAAAGGAACUUCUUUACCUCAUGUACUGUGGAAUGAAGACUUUUGAGUUAUAGUUCUUUGUAGCUGUAGUAUAACGGGCUUUCUGGUCACUGCUGCUUCUCAUUGCUGUGUGUUUUAUUGGCCCCCUCUCUCUCCUCUCCUUUAAUCAAACCCAUUCCUAUGCGCAGAGUGGAGAGGAGAGCAGCUCUCAUAGUCUGCCUCGCAAAUGGCACCCUAUUCCCUAUAGUACAAUACCUUUGACUACCAAAGGUAGUGUACUAUAGAGGGAAUAGGGGGACAUUCAAGACACAGCCCUUGUCCUAGCAUGGUUUUAUACUGCCUUUCAAAGAUAGGCCAAAUUUCUUCAUGGUUCCCCUCUCUUGAAUAUUAAACCUAUUACUUAUAAUUUCCUCUGGUAGAAUGAGGGAACGGCCAUAAAUCAAUGAUUAGGACAGAUUUACCGUCCACUUGACGCCAGCACAUUGUUAGUCGGCCUGUAAGGAAAAUACAAGGCUCCAGACCAAAGAUAACCAUUAAGGCUUGUAUAAACAGGGUUUGGAUGGCUGUGUGCGUGUGCACGUGUGUGUGUGUCCUAGUGUUUUGGGCUGGUUGCUUUUCUUGUGCGAAUUCCAGAAAUUCCUGUACUGUUUUCUUGGAUGGAUUGUGAAAUUAAGGAUGCAACAAGCGGUAUUUGGCAGCCGAAGUAACGUGUUUCCUUUGUGCACUGUGAUAUUGAUUGUACUUUUGAGUCAUAGGGCUUUGUAGUUGAACAUAUUGUGAAAUGUCUAUACAGUAUUUAGUCAGAGUUGGAAGUAGUAAAACAGUUUUGUUUGUCUUUUAUCUCCAAGUAUCAUGACUUUUUAAGACUUUUAUUGAGUAGUUGUUGAUAGGAAUUCCUCUCCCAGCUCUCAGCCACUGCAUCACCAUGCUGGUAAAAAGCCAGAUUUGUUUUCCUGUUGACUCACUAAUGGAAGUCAAUCUUGGCCAGUCUGCUUCCCCUCUAUCCCCCUCUAUCCUUUACCCUCAUCUCUCCUUUUAUCCCUCUAUCCUCAUCUGUCCUAUCAUCUUUCCUUCUGAAUUACAGAUUUUAAACUGUUGUAUCUUCAGUCCAGUGUUGUAACCAUUCUCUCUCUCUCUCUCUCUCUCUCUCUCUCUCUCUCUCUCUCUCUCUCUCUCUCUCUCUCUCUCUCUCUCUCUCUCUCUCAUAGAUUCCCAAGCUCUACAGGAGUCGGGUGACAGAUCCCACUGGUGUGUGGUUGCGUACUGGGAGGAGAAGACACGCGUGGGGCGCCUCUACUCUGUCCAGGAGCCCUCCUUGGACAUCUUCUACGACCUACCUCAGGGGAACGGCUUCUGCCUGGGCCAGCUCAGCUCUGACAACAAGAGCACGCUGGUUCAAAUGGUGCGGACCAAGAUCGGUUAUGGCAUCCAGCUGAGUCGCGAGCCCGACGGGGUGUGGGUGUACAACCGCAGCUGCUACCCCAUCUUUAUCAAGUCGGCCACACUGGACAAUCCCGACUCGCGGACUUUACUGGUGCAUAAAGUGUUCCCUGGCUUCUCCAUAAAGGCCUUUGACUUUGAGAAGGCAGACAGCCUGCAGAGGCCUAAUGAUCACGAGUUCACACAGCAGCCGAGGACUGGGUUUACUGUACAGAUCAGCUUUGUGAAGGGCUGGGGCCAGUGCUACACAAGACAGUUUAUUAGUAGCUGCCCCUGUUGGUUGGAGGUUAUAUUCAACAACCGAUAG